UACUAUCGCGCAGUACAUAGUGUUAUACGAGUGCUUAUUGUUAUACAUAGUGCUUAUUGCUUACGAAUGUUUCAUGAAACUAGCUGGCGCCUUUUAUCAUAAACGUGAAAAUUGUUAAAAACAUUAAUAUUUCUAACCGUGAAAAUAAAUUAACCAAAAUGUUAGUGUUAUUUGAAACUCCCGCGGGAUAUGCAAUUUUCAAGUUACUUGAUGAGGAUAAGUUAACAGAAGUAGAAAAUCUUUAUCAUGAUUUUGAAACACCUGAAGCAGCUAGUAAGAUAGUGAAGUUGAAACACUUUGAAAAGUUUGCAGACACUACUGAGGCUCUUGUAGCUACAACUGCAGCAGUAGAGGGUAAACUGUGCAAAGCAUUGAAGAAAAUUCUUAAAAAACAUUGUAAUGAACUUCAAGAACAACUAGCUGUGGCCGACGCUAAGCUAGGUAAUGCUAUAAAGGAUAAACUGAGUUUAUCUUGUGUCAGUAAUACUGCUAUACAAGAAUUAAUGAGAUGUAUAAGAAGCCAGAUGGAUAGUUUAUUGUCAGGUUUACAUAAAAAAGAAAUAACGGCAAUGGCAUUAGGUUUAGCACAUAGCCUUUCUAGAUACAAAUUGAAAUUUUCACCCGAUAAAGUUGAUACAAUGAUAAUACAAGCUGUUUAUUUGUUAGAUGAUUUAGACAAAGAAUUAAAUAACUAUGUUAUGCGUUGUCGUGAAUGGUAUGGCUGGCACUUUCCAGAACUUGGAAAGAUUAUUAUAGAUAAUAUAACAUUUGUUAAAACAGUAAAAGUAAUUGGAACAAGAGAAAAUACUAUAAAUUCAGAUUUAUCUGAUAUAUUAUCAGAAGAUGUAGAAGAAAAAGUAAAGGAGGCUGCAGAGAUAUCCAUGGGAACGGAAAUCUCUGAAGACGAUAUUUUAAAUAUUCGACAUUUAUGUGAUCAAAUAGUUGAAAUUUCUCAAUAUAGAACACAACUAUAUGAUUAUCUUAAAGCAAGAAUGAUGGCAAUGGCGCCAAAUUUAACUAUUCUUGUCGGAGAGUUAGUGGGAGCUCGUUUAAUCUCACAUGCUGGGUUUUUAAUUAAUCUUGCUAAGCAUCCAGCAUCUGCUGUGCAAAUACUUGGUGCUGAAAAAGCUCUCUUUAGAGCAUUAAAAUCAAAAAAAGAUACUCCGAAAUAUGGUUUAAUUUAUCACGCACAACUUGUUGGGCAAUCUUCAACAAAAAAUAAGGGAAAGAUGACCAGAAUGUUAGCUGCUAAAGCUUCAUUAGCAACUAGAGUAGAUGCAUUAGGAGAAGAUGGCAGCUUUAAUCUUGGUGCUGAACAUAAAGCUAAAUUGGAAGCACGUUUGAGGAUUUUAGAAGAAGGGAAUUUUCGUAGAAUUAGCGACACAGGCAAAGCAAAAGCAAAAUUUGAGAAAUAUUACACUAAUUGUGCAUCCCUAAUUCUUCACUAUAUUGUACAAUAUGAAAGCCUGUGCUAUUAAAGACCCAGCAUGUGAGAUUAAACGAGCUCUCACUAACUCUCCGACAAGAAUAGUUAAAUUUGGUGCCAUUGCCAUCAUUCUUGCUUUAAGAUAAUCAUAUAAUUGUGUUCUAUAUUGAGAAAUUUCAAUAACUUAUAGUAUUCUCUCUAGUUCCAACUACUUGGAGUAAUUGGAACUAGAGAGAAUACUAUAAAUUCAGAUUUAUCUGAUAUAUUAUCAGAAGAUGUAGAGGAAAAAGUAAAGGAGGCUGCAGAGAUAUCCAUGGGAACGGAAAUCUCUGAAGACGAUAUUUUAAAUAUUCGACAUUUAUGCAAUCAAAUUAUUGAAAUUUCUCAAUAUAGAACACAACUAUAUGAUUAUCUUAAAGCAAGAAUGAUGGCAAUGGCACCAAAUUUAACUAUUCUUGUCGGAGAGUUAGUGGGAGCUCGUCUAAUCUCACAUGCUGGAUCACUUAUUAAUCUCGCUAAGCAUCCAGCAUCUACUGUGCAAAUAC